AAGCAUAACGCUGUGCGCAAUUAUACGCUGCAGAACGCCGAGAGCGGCUUGGCAGCGGACUAUCUCAAGCGACGACACGUGGUGCGUGUACGCGUAGAGGGCGAACAGUUCCUCCUCCAGACGCGCAACGACCGGCACGUCGUGGAGUGGAUCGAAGCUUUCCAAGCCUCGACCAACGUCGCCCUGGACCUGGACAGUCGAGUGCUUCCGAAAUUCAUCACGCUACCUCGUCGUCGCAGACGCAGA